GCUGAACUCAACCAAAGUUUGUUUUGAUUUUGUGGUUAUUUUGUGGAAAUAUAAGGUUAAGUUGUUGUUUUCCCAUAAAUUAAUCCAAAAAAGUUUAAAACACAAAGUGGUACCUAUGGGCGACAAUGAUAAGAUGGUUACUUCAGAUGAUGAUGAACUUUCUUCUAGUGAUGGAGAAGACAAGGAGCUUGAGGAUAGAGCAACUGCACUGGAAGGGGAGCUGGCCAAUAACAAAUAUCUUUACGAAGUGCAUCUAGAGGUUGUCGAAAUUUAUCGUAAACUAGGCGAUAUUAAGUCGAUGAGAGAGGCGUAUAAUCGAUUUUCGGAAUACUUUCCUCUCACGUCAACAAUAUGGUUGGCCUGGAUAAAAGAUGAAGUUAAACUGGCGACAUCAAGUUCUGAAAAGAAACAUGUACUAACACUAUUUGAAAGAGCUGUUAAGGAUUAUUUAUCUGUUGAUGUUUGGCUAGAGUACAUUCAAUACACUUUGGGAAACUGCGAAUUAGAGGAAACAUACAAAGUAUUGGAAAAAGGAUUGAGCACUGCAGGCUUACAUGCAAACCAGGGGUCAUUGCUAUGGGAUUUGUUAAGAGAAUUAGAACUAACUCAGUUGGGGCUCCACGAAGAGCUAAGCGAUAAGUGGAAACAACAAGUAGUAAAGGUCGUUGAUGCUUUUAAACGUCAAUUAUCCGUGCCUCUUAUGCACAUGGAGAGCUGUUAUGCAGAAUGGAAUGAGUGGGUGCAAAGGCUACCUUCGGAUUAUACGCUAGAUUUAAAACCGGUAGAGUGGGGAUAUCAACAGGCUUUGAAGACUUUAAAAACUUAUCAACCAUUUGAAGAUCAGCUUUUAACUGAACAAGACGAUGAGGCUUUGUAUGGAACAUAUAAGGACUACAUAAAGGUAACAAAAAAUCCGGUCACAAUUGUUUGCUUGUACGAACGAGCCGUGGCUCAACUCAGCUUGCAUACGUCAUUAUGGAAUGACUACUGCUUAUACGCAAUGAGUCUUGGUGAUUUGUCAGAUGAGGUGAGCAAAAAGGCUGUACGGAAUUGUCCAUGGAGUGAGGAGUUGUGGAUCACACGCAUGCGCAUUUUAGAACAUAAUAAAUGCGAUGAGCAACCUGUUACACAAUGUUUAGAACAGGGAUUGGUAUCGAUAGCGCCAUCUCCCGGUUUAAAUCUGUGGCUGGCUUACAUAGAAUUCAUUCGGCGUUCUUCAACAGCCCCAGAACAUUUACAUAAAAUCAUAACGCAGGGCGCAGAGCACUUGGGAGAAACCGGAGAUCCGACGUUUAAGUUGUUACGUCUACAGGCUAAGCUACAUGCAAGGGCGGAUAACAUGACCGAGGCGCGACAUAUUUGGUCAAGCAUCCUUCAAUACCCCAGCAAUAAGGAGUUGGCUAACGUGUGGCUAGAAUAUAUCGCCUUAGAGAAGCAAUACGGGAACGCUCAGCAGUUACGAAGCUUGUAUCAGCGGGCCAUAGCGAAGUGUACAGAUUGGCCUCAGUUUAUCGCCGAGGAUUGGCAGAUGUACGAGCGAGAGUGCGGCACACUACAAGAUAUGUUAAAGUGUGAAGAUAAAUGUAAACAUAUUAACAAAACAAUCGUUCAACAAAGUGUUAGCGAAGAGAAGCCUGUGGAGUCUAAAAAACGAUCACGACCUCAAGAUGGCAAUGAUCCCAAAAUAAAACGGUUAAAGAUUUCUGACGAACUCGAAAUUAAACCAUUUAAAAAAAACGUUACGGUUGCUGAUAUAAAUACAGACACAUCUGUGUUCGUUAGCAACAUGCGGAGUAGCGUUACCGACGAAGAUCUUAAAAAAAUGUUUCCAUCAGCGAAGAACAUCAGCAUACCCACGGAUAGGAAAGGUGGAUCCCGCUGUUUCGCUUACGUUGAGUUCGAAACGGAAACUGAAGUUACAGAUGCUUUAGAUAGAGAUCGUGAGCUCCUACAAGGAAGACCGUUGUUUAUAUCUAAGUGUGUGCGAGAACAGUCACAACGUAGGACUGCCUUCAAAUAUUCCACACAGGGUGAAAAUAACAAACUGUUUGUUCGCGGUCUUCCGAAAAAAUUAACUCAAGAAGAUGUCGAAAAUAUCUUCAAACCGUACGAAUGUACGGCAGUAAGGCUUGUGUCUCUAAAAAGUGGACAAUCUAAAGGUUUGGCGUACAUCGAUUUUAAGGACAAAGCUGCGGCCGAGGAGGCCUUAAAAGCGACUGAUCAAAUGGAUAUAGAUGGGUUUGUAAUUACUGUCGCGAUAAGUGCGCCACCACAAAAGAGGCAAUACGACGAGUCCGACUUGUUGAUUCCCACUCGUCAUGCGCGAAGCCGGAUACAACUACCCCUUGUUCCACGUUCUGUGCAAACGAAACAAACUGACAGCGUUGCUCAGGGGACUUCGAAAAGUAAUGAAGAUUUCAGGAAGAUGCUUUUGAAUAAAAAUUAAUUCUUUUAUGAUUUUAAGGGCGUGUCCUAACAUUUAUUUAAUGUUUGUAUUAGUUUUGAUACGUUUGAGUUGGUAAGAUAAGGUUCUCCUUUUUUCCAUUUGUUCCAGCGUUAAAUUAAACUGUUUUGUAUGUAAAGAUAGUAUAUAAUAAAGUUGUUUUAAGGCAA